UAUCUUUAGCACCGCCACGGAUUACAGUGCGCAGUGGGUGCGUGUGUGUGGCCAGACUGCAUCCCAGUGUAAUCUUUUCAGCUGUGCGUACAUUUGUGCGUUACUUUCCUUGCAAAACAAAACAAGAAGACAACACAAAAGUGAUGGGGGAAUGACAACAACACUCGUCUUCGGUUCUCCGUCAACGACAAGACCCCGGGAUGCUGCUGCUCUCCAGUCCGCGGUGCGGGCGCCAGCGCCGGGCCUCGCUGCUGCUGGCCGUGGUCCUGCUAUGUGGCGUCCCCAUCAGCGCUAGCCUUCCAGCUCGAACUGGGUGCCCCUCCCCUCUAGACUGUGCCCUGGAGGGACGUCACCACUGCCAGCCUGGCUCGUCUUACUGCGGCUCUUGUCUCUCCCCAUUUGAGGAGAACAAGGAAGGACGCUGCGUGCAGAUGAAGCGCCACCAACACGUCAAAGUGUCGGCCUACUCUGAUCCAGAUGAAGAGAUCGACCUCCUUCACUCUGUCGUAGAAAAACAAGAAAUGUCUAAGGUUAAACCAUUAACAACUCAACGAAAGUAUACAGCAUCCCUAUCCUUACAAGCAGAUAUUAAAAACAGCAAGACAGAUGCCUUCAAACAGAAACAGAAAAACCAGGACAGACUCUCAGGUGAACUCCAGAGUAGCAGCACUGCAGCUCCCGGUCCAGCAGAAACUGGCCUUCCUAACACACCAACCCCCCAGCCCAGGGUCACCGGAGUUGAUGGCAAAGCUGGUCCAAUUGCUGUGCCAACACCCAAGACAGACAGCAUCAUUAUCAUUAUGAUCUCAGUUGGCGUGGCGCUGGGCACUGUGGCUAUAAUCCUGGCUACUGUAUGUUUUAUUAAGUCACAGCGAGAAUCGCAUCUUGCUGCAAAGGUGGACUACCCCGCUUUCAGAGGACCAGGCGUUCAUGCUGCCACAGCCAACGGUCCUUCGAUGGGGGAUAAAACUCUGGCUCAGAGUGCUCAAAUGUAUCACUAUCAACAUCAAAAACAACAGAUGAUGUCAAUGGGAGUCCACAAACCUGAACAGAAAGCUGUUGACACAGAAGUCACAUCAGAUGAGGAGGAAGUGGGAGGAGGUUUUACUGUGUACGAGUGCCCUGGACUUGCUCCAACUGGAGAGAUGGAGGUGAAAAACCCUCUGUUUGAUGAUUCAUCUGCAGAGUGUCAGGGGAAUCAGAAGUAAUUGCUGAACACUUUACAAAUACAAACACACACUUACAUGUAGAUAUGCAUACAGAGGCACACAAGACAUUUUUCUGGAAAACACCCCUUGAAUUUUACAAUGCAUGCAUCACAAUUAAAAACGAGGUGAUAAAAUGAUUGUUUUCUUACCCGCCCUUAAACAUAUCUGCACCACUAUGGCUUGUUAAUGCGGCAUAUAUGCGAUGGGUCCCCUGUUCAUUUAUUUCUGUCACUGCUUUGGAGCGACCCUGUCUUUUAAUGUUUUUAUUUUAAUUAAGUUAGAUCUCUUCUUAUAGGUGUUUGUCUUGUUUAAUUCUUAGUUUGGAUUUUUGUCUCCACCCCUACUACUUCCCUAUAUUUUUGCAGCUACUUCCAAAGAUUAUGAUUCCACACAACAUGAUUUACCACACUGGCACUUAACACAAAAUGGUUUUUGUUUCAUGAACCACAAUUCAUAGCACAUUUCCUGGAAAUAUUGAACAUCAGAUCUAAAUGAUUCCUCUACCGGACCCAACCCUGUUUAGCAAAUUGUUUUUCCUAGUGUUGCUAAUUUAUAUCCUGUCAUAUAAGCUGCUCAUAAAGAUUUUAAGAUUAUAAAGUAUAGAUAUAUUAAUAUUGAUGAAAAUGAUGUAAUCAGCGAUGUCUGUUGCAUGGUUUGACUGUACUGUGUUUGAAUCAUGGCAAAGCUUUGAUGAACCGUUUUCCUAUCCUGUUAUUGCAGGAAGGAUCUACAGUAAAAAGUGAUUUCUGAACAUUAAAAUGAAGUUUUUGGAGAAGAGCUAUGUUGGAUGUUUUGUGGUAACUCUCAUGACCUUGUAUCAUCCCUGUUUCUUCUCUGUCCUCCUAUCAGUCCAAAGCUAAUCUUGUGCUGCAAAAAUGUACAGACAAAGAGUGAUAGUUUUCACUUUUUAUAGAUAUUUGUACAUGCAGACUAAAGAUUGGAAUUAAAACUUUUUACCACAUGGAAAAA